AUGCUUUCUCUCAAAACCCUCCUGCUUGUUUCUGUCUCUUGCCUGGCGCAAUUGGCAGCGGCUCAUCCCCUAGACAAUGGUGGCCUGGAACCAAGGCAGCAAAAAAUUUGCUCACCAAACGGUCACACGGAUGGCGAUCUGACAAACCCCAACAGUCUAUGCACCUUGUGCAACAGCGGCUGCCAACGUGUUGCCGGACAACCAGCGUGUUGUUCUUAG